AUGUCUCAAAAUACCACGAUUACACUCAAAACGCUCACGGCUCAUGAGCUUUUAUCUGCUCGAGAAAACGUCUGCGAGCUUUUCGGACUCAUAGACAACUCCGAACGUCGCACGCUGCUGGUCGGAGACAAUCGGGAAGCGCAACUAGAGGCGCUUAAGCUUAAAUUGGAAGAUUUGAAAAGACAAGUCGAAGAGGCUAAAACUAACGAAGGAGUAUGA